CUAAAUUCCUGAUGAUACAUUAGUCCACUCAUGUUCAUUAAUGCAUUUUUCAGAGGUCGCCGCGAUUCCCGUUCCCAUCUGUCGCCGGACCGAAGCCACGAACGCGAGGGAAGCCCACGGAGAAGCCGCCGUUUGCGAAGACAAUCAUCAUCGGCUGCUCGACAACCACGUUCGCCCGAUUCGAGCAGCUGUUGUUCGUCGAGGGAUGCCAGCCCGUGCGCACGCCCACCUCCCCUGCCGACCGAAAGCGUCGCUCGGCCCUCGAUUCGGCGCCAAUCGACGACCGAGGAAAUCCUGAUAGCACGAGGCUUUCGUCGACAAAGCACAACUGAGGAGAUGAUCCGGUGCCGGAACUUCCGCCGCCAAAGCUCGCAAAGUGAUGACACCUGCCGGGAAUGGAUUAUGGAGGCAAGGAGAAUCAAGGAAAUUUCUCAGCUUGAUACAUCGAACAAAAUUUACUGGAACUUCAUCAAUGGAAAAUCGAUAAAACCUUCGCCCAUAGAUCGUUUCCCGGAUAUGAAAUGGAAAGAAAUAUGGAUAAAUUCCAACUCCAAAUUGAUAUCCAGCACCGAUCGAUCGAGUAUGUUUAUGCUCUUCAACGAUCUUAUUCCAAAUAAAGAAAAAUUAAGAGCUUACAACAUCGGGAACCUACAAGAUAGCAAUUGCUCAGAAUGCUCACAGGAAGACAGCAACGAACACAGAAUAAAAAAAUGCACCACUUCGAAAGAAUUAUGGAAUUGGCAAGAAAAUGUUCUAAGAACAAAUUUAAAGUUGACCAUUGAUAAACCUGAAGAUUUGUUAAGUGUGAGGUUAAAUAGUAACGAUAAAUCCUUGAAAACAGGCGUAUGGUUGGUUAUUCGUACAAUUAGUUUUAUAAUCAGAAGAUACCCUAACAGUAGCAUGUUUGAGUUGAGGAAAGAGAUUAUAGAAUGGAGAUGGAAGAAUAAGGAGCAAGUUUUAAAAGAAUUAGGAAAUUGGUUAUUUUUAAUCUUUUAAACGUAUUUGUAAUGUGUAGUGUGAA